UUCCAAGUUUCUGAUCACAUAGGCAAGCUGUGAUUGGAUGGAUAAUCGACAUCGCAGUCCGACUGGGUGUGACCGUUUCAUUUCCUCCUGUAUUCCUCGAAACCGAAGCGUACAUUGGUUUUCAAUCCUAAACGGGAUAAGAAGAAAGCCUUUGUCGUAGAGGUCAGCUGAAUUCGAUCACCUUCCGUGCAUUGGAAGUUUUUCCCUGCCUUCCAUGAAAUUUGGGGUGCAAACAGCAAUUCUGUUGCCGGCCAUCUUAACCCGAGUAGAUUUGUGUGAAGCUUCUUCGUCGCCGACCACGUGACAACUGGAUGUUUAGUAGUCGUCGUUCUUUGCGAGAUGCUAACGGCGAUUUGGAUAGGCACAGGCGGGUUGGUCAGGUGCGAGUCGAGGUGAGCACGCAUGUUCUUGUACCUGGUGGAACACGACUUUCAAAUGGGGCUUGCUCGACUCCCGGCGUCUGCCGCUGGGGAAUGUAUUAUAACCCUUCUUUUUUUGCCUGGCGUCAGCGCACAACACCAGGAGGACGUACGAAACAGCUUUGAGUUGGCUGCCAGAGCAGCAGAUAAAGCGACUGGCGAUGACUACGUCAGAUGGUUCAAUACUUUCAAGACUACGCUUUUAAAUAUACACUGGUUUAGCCAACAAGAUGGGCUAGAACAGGAGGUUCAGGGACUAGUCUUUGAUUCUUUGGAUUUAAGUGGCUCAGAGCGCGAUCUGCUCAUCCGUGCUUUGAACGCCCUCCAACAGAAAGCAGAAAACGAACAGGCACUAAAUCUGUUCAACCAGAGUGCUCUUGAUGAAGUCAGUCAAGACGCGGUUUCCCAUUUGCUUUUUAUCGGAGGGGGGAGUUACCAUGGCAAAUUCCAGCUUGCCGUUUGCUCGGAGAAGAAUGGUGCCGUUGCAGUCUCUACUUCCUAUGUCCACUUCAAUGUCGAUGGGGCGCAAUACAGCAGCAUUCUCUAUGCAGAUGGCAAGGUGGAAACAAAGACCACACUCUCGACCCACGUGCUUGGUUUGAACAGUGAACUAUUCAGCAAAGUUCGCGAUUCUGUCAAGAAAAAACUUGCGGACAGUGGGGUAUCUGAACAGGCGCCCAUUUCUGGAUUGUAAUAUGUGAAUGCGAUGCGUGGCUACCAUUGAUAUAUCUAACAAAUAAGAAUCAUUAACCGGACUGGUGGAAACAACUAUGUUGCUGAGCGCUGAAUCCUGGUCCCAUGUUGUUGUGUCCUGGGUUGUGUAGAGCUCACCAUACAUCGUCAUGUUUUUGUUGGUUACAAUUUUUUACAUGGUCGCUGCACCUGGAAAUUGUGUCAGACACUUAUCACUACAUCGAUAGUUGGAAGCCUUGGUGAAUCGUGAUACCCUCAUGCAAUCGAUAAAUCGACGUUA